UCUCUCUCUCUCUCUCUCUCUCACACACACACAUACACUUCUCCCAAGAGCAUUGCUUCUCAAACAAUUCGUCCAUCAUGGAGGCGCUGUUAUCACAGCCCAUUGCGACGACUGCCCUUGUGGCUACAGUUUUAUUCUCUGCCAUCUACAAUGUAUAUCUCGUGAUAUAUCGUCUGUGGUUUUCGCCUCUGGCCAAAUUCCCAGGUCCUAAAUUUGCUGCGGCCUCCUUCUGGUAUGAAUUCUACUAUGACUACUGGCUGGAUGGCAAAUACCUAUUUGAAGUCGAGAAAAUGCAUAAAAAAUAUGGCCCCAUUGUUCGAGUGAAUCCAGAUGAGCUAUCAAUUCACGAUCCAGAGUUUUACAAUGAGAUAUAUGUCACAGAGAGCAAACGGCGAACUAAUAGCUAUGAUGUGUUUUGCAAAGGCAUCGACUUUGACGGCUCUCAUCUGCUCACAGCAGAUCACGAUCUGCACAGAAAGAGGAGAAAGCCAAUGGAAGGCUUCUUUUCGCGGAAAGGAAUUACCCAGUUACAGCCAAUGCUUGCAGAAGUUGCUCUGCACCUCGAGUCUCGUUUCAGAGAGCUGGAAGGUAAAAAUGCAGUGAUUCGACUGGACCAUGCUUUUUCAGCCUUUUCAGGUGAUAUUAUUGGAAGAAUAUGCCUUGGUACUGGCGAUAGAGGCUCUCACGGCGAUCGGUUUCUGGAUACUCCCGACUUUGCUUCUGAUUGGUAUGAUAUUAUUCACGCCAUUGUGAGAUCUAUCCCGCUGUUUACGGGAUUCCCUCAAAUCAUUCAAGUUUUAAGUCUCCUUCCGGAGAGUCUAUUGCUUUGGGUCUACCCAAAAGGGCAAAUGUUUAACAUAUUCCGACAACGAGCAUUGCAGCAAAUACGGCUUGCAAACAGUGAGCAAUCCAAAGGCGAGGAUAGUGGAAUCUCUAUUUUCCGGCACAUUGCGAAUAGCGAUAUGCCAGAGGAAGAGAGAACCGAAGAACGACUGGCCAAGGAAGCCCAGGUCCUUCUUGGAGGCGGUACAGCGAGUACCGCUCGCACUAUUGGCUUUGCCUCCUUCUACAUUCUCUCUAGGCCUGAGUUGAGAAGCAAGCUUGAAGCUGAGCUGAAGGGACCGAUGGCCAACUGGCCCGAGCAAGUUCCAACCUGGGCAGAACUGGAGCAGCUGCCGCUAUUGCAAGGAAUCAUCAAGGAAUCCCUGAGACUCAGCUAUGGCGUCAUGCAUCGCUUGCCAAGAGUGUUUCCCGACCAGGCUAUCCAGUACAAGGACUUUGUGAUACCUCCAGGGAUCCCCGUGGGCAUGUCUGCAUACUUCAUGCACUCAGACCCUGAGGUAUAUCCAAAUCCGGGAGAGUUUAUACCCGAACGAUGGGUUCAUGAUGUGAAACCUGCCAUGCAUCGGUCGUAUGUGCCCUUUUGCCGUGGGUCAAGAAAUUGCCUGGGAAUGAAUCUGGCUAUGGCGGAGAUGAGUCUUAUUUUGGCAGUUCUCUAUCGCUCCAAUGGGCCAAAAUUAGAGCUAUACGAGACGGACGAGAGUGAUGUGAAGCAAGCGCAUGACUUCUUGAUUCCCCUUCCAAAGCUUAGCACGAAGGGCGUGCGUGCCUUGAUUCGUUAGUGCAAGGGGGACUCUGUAGUAUUCUGGAGAAUGAAGUGAUUUUCGGGACAGAGACGGGGUAUCAUAGAUGGAACCCUGAUGAACAAUGAUGCAAUUCCACUAUACCAAAGGGUAUGACUAUCUUAAACGAGCAGAUUUAACCGUUCGUCUUGCUCAUCUCAAGUUGGGGCCGGGGAUGUGCAGUUUGGAUAAGAUGAGCUACAUAUUCAUCAAGGCAGAUGAGUGGACGGAAAAACUGCCGACGGGGAAGACAUUCAAGACUUUCUAUCGUCUUCAGAUGCCGAGAUAAGAGAUCACGUCAAGACAGCGAUGUGUUUUGACCAAGUGUUGCCUGUUUGGGAUCGAAGGACCGGGGUGGUGUUGGAUUUUGGGGGCCGAAAGCAACUUCCGAGGUUACAACAACGUCUUACGCACGGACAGUGAUAUUACGCGCUCCAGGGAUUAUAUCUGUCGACAUG